CUGGGCCGAUUACCCUCGGGUAUGCGCGGUUCAAAGCGUGGAGCUCCAAGCCAAGCUCCUCACCAUGAUAUGAUGUAGCUACCCCUGCGCGGGCUGGCCUCCUCCCUGUAGCGAAGGUAGCUCCAACCUUUCGCAUUUCCAUCUUGAAACUGUUUAGCUGCUUUUUUGCUGCAUCCCGCCCGUGGUGGUGGAUUGAAUCGUCAAAAUACCUUGAUUGUGGCCAUCCCCCAAAUCAAACCCGAAAACCAACCACAAGAUGAACGCCCUCCGAGGUCUCCGGCCGCUUGCCUGUAGAAUACAGCCCUCGCCGUUUCCUCGCGUCGUCAGGAGCUUCUCUGCGACACCCGGCAGGAGUUAUGAGUUCAUCCAAGUGUCGGAGCCUAAGCCGGGAGUUGGCCAAGUGACCUUGAACAGACCCAAGGCGCUCAACGCCCUGUGCACGCCGUUGAUCGAUGAGCUCAACACUGCGCUGCGGGAGUUCAAUGGAUCCGACUCCAUCUCGGCCAUCAUCCUGACAGGGUCGCAAAAGGCCUUCGCCGCCGGGGCAGACAUCAAGGAGAUGGCGCCGCUCACCUUCUCAAAGGCCUAUACCUCGUCCUUCAUCGAGCCGUGGUCACUCCUGACGACUCAGAUCAAAAAGCCCAUCAUCGCGGCCGUGUCGGGCCACGCGUUGGGUGGUGGCUGCGAGCUGGCUCUCAUGUGCGACAUCCUCUACUGCACCGAGAGCGCCAACUUUGGCCAGCCCGAGAUCAAGCUGGGCACCAUUCCGGGCGCGGGUGGGAGUCAGCGCCUGACCAGGGCCGUGGGCAAGUCCCGGGCCAUGGAGCUGAUUCUUACAGGAAAGCCCAUGACGGGCACCGAGGCGGCGCAGUGGGGAGUGGCGGCCCGGGCGUUUUCCACGUACGAGGAGCUAAUGGAGGCGGCUCUCAAGACGGCCGAAACCAUCGCGGGAUACUCGCGCGUCGCCGUGCAAGCCUGUAAGGAGGUGGUCAACAAGAGCCAGGAUCUGCCGUUGAGAGAUGGUGUUGAGUAUGAACGCAGGGUCUUCCACAGCUUGUUUGGAAGCCAGGAUCAGAAGAUCGGCAUGAAGGCGUUUGCUGAGAAGAAGAAGGCUGAGUGGACACACGAGUAGGCAGGUGAUGCCAAGUGUAUCCAUCAGCCUAGCAGGUCUACAUGCCUUUGUAAGUAAAUCGGGGGGGAAAGACCAUUCGAGGUACUUUGGCUAUAGUAACUUCCAUUUUUAUGGCAUCGUACCAGACAUCUUACCCAUUCACUUGAUAAUUUGAAUUACUCACUGAAAUGUUUCUGUGUACUAUUUCUACUUCUUCACUUCAUAUACUAUUUCUACUUCUUUACUUCAUAUACUACUAUCACUAGGUAGGCACUUACUUAGGCAUCAACAGCAACUUUGUGCAGA